AUGUUCUGUUCGUUGGGAAAAUGCAAUGAACGGUGUGGAAUUGGGAGUGAUACGGAGACCGGUGAAGGUUUGGAUAAGUCUUUACCAGUGGAUGAGGUGGCUUCAGCCGUUGCUGCUGUCUCGGAUGAGAUCGGAGACAUCUUGAAGGAUGAAUUGGGAGACGCUGAUCGCGCGGAUAGAAUCGGGGCUGAGCUAGCGGACCUCACUGCGGAGCUAGGCCGCCUAGCUGGUCUCACAGGCGAGCCCCAACAGAAACUUCCCUCCCUUUUCGAGCUCGUGAUCGGUCAUCAAGUUGUGGGCGGGCGUGGGUCGAGCGGUUCUUCAUCUUCGUCAUGGUCUGGGCGGGGCCGAGCCAGGCGACCGACCAGGCAAAGGCAGGCUAGACGGCGACCGAUCGCGAAAGGAAAAGAGAUAUCUCGUCUCCGUAACGCGGUGGCACGUCGCGUCGCGAUGCGUGUACGUCGUGUAGAGGUCGUGUCGGACGCGUCGGAUGUCGGAGCCGACUCGGAUUCAGAUGACCAGUGGACGGAGAUGGAUGAAAACUCCGGCAGCACAGACAGUUCUUCGGGAAAAGAUGUUGGAAUGGAUAUGGACUGUCCUUCGUACCAACACAAGGGAUCGGUGGAGCCGCCAGCGAUGGGUCAGUUCCUGUUGCCGCUGCUGUCCGGGGCCGAGCAUGGGGCGGCUCCCGAACACGAGCAGUUCCUCAUCAGACACGAGGAUAUACUGCAGUUGCUGGCUUCAGCAGAAGAAAACAUGAGCGAGGAACAACCUGCUCGUGACCUGGAGUCACCUCAUGAUGUUGUGACAGAAUUGUAUGAUUCUGAACCGGUCGUGACUCCUGAUGAUGAAGCAGCCUUGCUACACUAUGUCUGUGCAGAACCACCAUCACCUGAGCCGUUCAAGCCUGUCGAAGAGUGGCUAUUAGGGGUCUAUCACUCCUGGUGUGAAAUCAGCGCUCUCAUGUACACACUCGUGGGAACUAACAUGAGUUCAGAGAUGUCUAAAUCGCCGUGGUCGUACGUGGCCCGCUUCGGCUGUCACUGCCGCCUGUGUCUGUCGCUGGCCAAUAACGAAACGGCCCUUCAGACAUGGAUGCACGGACUGGUUGCCGAGUUAGCUGGUGGUAACACAGCAGCGUUGGGAGCCAACAUUGUCCGAGCCCUGGGCCUGUCACCCGGAGAACAUCUACCACCUACCAACUGGGAUAUAGCUAGGCUACAGAGAAUAACUGUCUGUGAUGACGGUCUGUCAAUAAUCCAGAAUCACCUAGAACGUCUGUCCCAAGAGAAUGAAGUCACCAAACAGAUUGUGAACAACAUAUGUCUAUGUAGAGUGUACGAUCGGCCGUUUGAAAAACAAUAUGCGAUGGAAAGAUUCUGCAAGCUGCUAGAAAACUUCAAGACUGCCUCUACUAUUACAUUUAAGGUGGAGAUGGUGCCCAGUGACGGUAGUGACGUCACCACUUCCAGUGGUGGCUGGUGGCGCUCCAGGCUCGCUAGCAAGCUGGCCCCGCACCACGCGCGCUCCACGAGGGACAGGCUGAGACACAUGGCCGCUAGGACCGCGCCACACGACCUAAGCGCGUGGGCGGGUUACAAACAUCGAUGCGAUUGUCUCACACCUAGAACUCUAUGCGCUCAGCAAAGAAAACAACUGCUCAGGAUUUCGUUCUUCGGCAUGAUGCAAGCUGUGAAUGAAUUCAACGGCACUAAAGAUUCUGAAAAGCCGCCGGUAGAUGUUAAAGAUAAUUCAAGUAGGGAGCUACAGCAGGGAGAUGGCACGGGUGCUAAACCUCCAGACUCCUUGGACGAUGCUAAUUCUUUGGACCUGAGUGAUUCCAACGUAACAGUGGAUUUGGAUGAUUUGUCAUCAUCUUCAGCUGAAUCCCACGGCCAAUCAACGUCCUCGUUGGAUUCUGCCUCCGAGCUGCUAUUGGCUGCUGCUGCUGCCGUUGACUCUGGCUCUUCCGGUUCCGGCGGCGGCCAGCUGUGCCGCACUGUAAAGCAGCUCAUGAGAUCAAUAGCUUCGAUAGAAAGGCUCAUGGAUAGAGUGCUGCAGCACUGCGACCGGUGGGGCGACCGGGAUGCUAGGAAGCGUGUGGAUGUUGGUUUAUCUGAAGUGGACCGUAAGUUAAUGGCCAUGUACCGCCGUCUGCCGGACGUACAUAGGAGACAGUUACAGCUAUAUAGGAAACAGAAGAGACUCUCCACGGUGUGUACUCAGCUGGUGGGCGGCCGAGCGCCCGCUCCCCCUCCGCCCGGGACUCCGCCCCCCCCGCCCGCGCAUGCGCCCUGCAGGCCGCUCUGUCCGGAGUACCACCUGCAACGGUUUAAGGAGGUUCGUCGUAAAGUGAUGCACAUGAGGGAUCAGCAGUUAUACUAUCACCGACUGAGGAUGUGGCUUGAAGACCAACUCAGGGUCGAGAGAGAGAGUCAUCCAGAAUGCAACGUGACUCUCGUAGAGGAUUUGCCGAAACGCAAGCGUCGUAAUCUAAGUCCGAAGUUGCCCAAAAUGAAUUCAGCGCCGAAGAGAAAACUGAAACCUACCCUACAUAACAGUAGGCCACAUAAAAUACUUCAACUACUGAAGAAUAGAACAAAUGAGGAUAUUUCUCCGUACAAAGAAAUUGAUGAAAUGAAAGAAGCAGAACCGCCUGAAGCGUUUCCACUGAAUAAAGAUGAUUUAAGCGACGCUGAAACUAUAGUAGGGGAAAAAGAAGAUCUAUGCAAGGAAAUGAAGGAGUGUCUAGUGAAAUUCGCGAACUUCGCGCUCAAAGACAAGGAAAUACCUGAAAAAGAUUACCCUGAAUCAAUAAGUCCGCCGUUACAAGAAAUGUCCCCUACUACGGUCGAUCCGCCGCUGUAUAAUCAGAAAAAUAGAAUAAUAACUAACAAAAUACUCAGCGAUAAAAUCGAUUUCUCUCAAGGGCCAGAUAUUAACGUGCCUUUGAAUGCGAGGGCGCCGUUGAAAGACGAAAAUAACGAUGAGAAAUCUGAUGUAUACAAAUAUGUGACUUUCGGAUUAAAGAUUAAGAAAGCUAUGGAAGAAUGUCAGAAUAUAAUAAACUCGUAUAACAAAGGAAAUGAUAAAAGGAAAGUGGAAGAACCACCGUCUUUGGAGCAGAUCAUUGAAGUAAUGAUGACGUUGGAUAAGAAUUCAGCGGAAUUCUUGGAAAAAAUGCUCUCAGAAGAUCCCAUAGACGAAUCUAUAGACAUGAAUAUGGCUGUGUCGAAACUAUCGGAAUUAUUGGAGAAUAUGAUGCCGCAGACAUUGGCUAAUAUGCCGGAAAUUGCGACGAAAUUAUCCGAAUUUGGUUCGACGGAACUUCCGGAAAACGGUUCCGCUGCCAAAAAUCUGACUAACGAAGCCCAAUUGACUCCGGAAACGCUGAGACAGAUACGAGAAAUAAAACUAUCAAAACGAGACGCGGUCAAAGUGACCAAGAAUACGGCGAAACGAAAAAUAAGUCGCAGAAUAAAAAAUGACGAAGUAUUCGAAUUCGAGGGAGACUUAAACGACGUGAAAGACGAAAAAGAUUUACAGAAUCUAAUAAACAAUAAAUCAAACAAAGACGAUAUAAAAGAUUUGGUGUAUUCUAUAUCAGCGCAGGUAUUCGUUAAUAAAGUAUUCGAAAACGUUAAAGAUAAAACACCAGCGAAAACAGAAGAUAAGGAAACAUCGAAUAAUACGAUUAACUUUGAAAUGUUCUCCAAAAUGUCGACACUAUUUGACAAUUCCUUUAAGGCGGCUAUGAGUAUGAACGAAUUGAGAAGCCUAGUAAAAUCACGUGUCAAUUCCUGGAAACAAUAUGUCGCUGCAAAAUUUAAAAGCAUACCGUUAGAAUUAUUGGACAACGAAAUAGAACCUAUGAUAGAAAGGUUCUAUUUGUAUAUACAGGAAUCGGCUUCAAAACAAUGCUGUAGCGAAAGUGAUAAGAUCAUUGAGAAAAUAGAGGAAUUAAGAAAGAACGAAGAUAGUAAUGACUCGGAUAGCGAGAGUUGUCCUGCUUCUAAGGAAACAUUGAAGCAGAUCACUAAACUAUUAAACGCAUUCGCUGGGAGUACAUUCGAUUUGCUGUUAAUGAAACUCUCGAAUAUGCCCAAUGAGAAGAAAUCAACCGUUAAAAGCUUGAAAUUCAAAUAUAUAGAUGUCAUCCGGCGUUGCUCGGAAUCCGAACAAUUAGUGGCGUGGAUAUUACUAGAUCCAGAAAUAGCUACAACGGUGAUCCAAGAAUUAACGGGUUUGGAAGUGAGGAAAGUUGAUAACGCGCCGAACUUCACAAAUCUGAGCAACGAAAGGAAACAGGAGUAUUUUAUCAAUAGAUUGCACGAAAUGAACAGACAAUAUAUGGAGUCUUUGCCAAAAAAACGUCUAAGCGGCGACGAAUGGCUGGUUAUAUUAUACAGAUUGGAACAAUACGAAGAAAAACUAAAAGACGCCUUCUCAAAAGUGCCCCAACCCACCAAAAUAGUUCAAACUCAAAACGCUAGCGAAGCGGAAAUACUCGCAGCGAGAGGUCUCAGCAAGAUAAUCGGCAAAGCUAACGUAAGAAUAGUCAAAAAACCGGAAAAUCAACCGGUCAAACCGAAAAAGGAACCGGAAAAUGAGCCUAUCACCGAAAACGACGACAAAAAACUCAAAAACGACGCUUUGCUAGCAAAAUGCGAAGCAAUACUCACUUCUAAGGCCGAAAACAAUCUAUUAGACAGCUGCAACACUAUCAAAUCAUAUUUAACAUCCGGAUUUCCAGUGCCAGAGAAUUAUAAGAAGCACGUCAUAUCACUCUGCUCAACCAUAGACGCUAAGCUAUUAGACAUAGAAGAAAAUCUAAAAGAUGAAGAAGAUAAGACCGUUACAAAUCAAAAUCCUGAACUCCUCGCAAAAUAUACGGCGCAAGCGCUAAGAAACGCCAAAGAAGCGCUAAACGCGGUCGCCUUUGGAAACGUAACCAGAAAUGGACAGACAAAGUCAGAAAGCGACGUAUGUGAUACACCCAAGAAUAACUGCAAGUGGACCAACGACUGCGUUUGUGAUACGUGUAAGGAUGAUAAGAAAGAUGAUAAGAAAAAGAUUAAGAAACCAGUUAAAUGUGAGAACGGGAAUCACCCGCAACAUGUGUGUAAAGCCGGCCAUGGCGUAUGUUCGGGUGAAGGCGGAACGGACGCGCCGUGUAACUGUUGUUACUGCACAGUGUUUGGACAUGCGCCUCCGCUGACGACCCCUGUACCAAGAAACUUUAAUGAAACUAGAGAACGGCUGAGAUCUAUACUGAAUAAAAAGAAACAGAAAUGUAAAAGUAAUGGAGAAGUAGAAUCACCUACAGAGCGGUCACCGCCUCAGCCUACACCACCGGCGUUACCAAAAACCCUGCCACCGGAUUUGACGACCCAAGCGCAACAAAAGAGGCAGGCUAUGGAGCAGAAACAAUUAGCCGACAAAGUGACCGACAAGAUGGCUGACAAAGUGGCCGACAAGAUGGCGGAGCUUGUGGUCAAAGAAGAACCAGAAAAUCAGAACCCCCCACCACCACCGUCUCAGCCAGUGAAGACGGAGGGCAAAGUUAACGCAGCGGCUGUAGAGAAAAUAAGAUUGGAGAUUCAAUUCAGACAACAGUUGAGACAAAUGCAACAGCAGCAACAGCAACCGCAGCAGCAGCAGCAACAACAGCCGCAACAGCCCCCGCAGCAACAGCAACAGCAAAAGAAACCUGAGCCGAUAUACGACCUGCCGAUACACAACAAGCCGACACUGACGCCACAACAACAACAGCAGAUAAGACAACAACAGCAACAACGCCAGGACGCUUUAAUUCGUCAGCAGAUGCAAAUACAACAGCAGCAGCUGCAACAACAGCAGAUUCAACAGCAACAGAUGCAACAACAACAGGCUCAGCAACAACAAAUACAGCAGCAACAGAUACAGCAACAGCAGAUCCUGCAGCAGCAACAGCUUCAACAACAGCAACAGCAGAUGCAACAGCAACAGAUGCAGCAGCAGCAGUUGAAGCAGCAGCAAAUGCAGCAACAGCAGUUACAGCAACAACAAUUGCAACAGCAACAGCUCCAACAAAUGAGGAGCAGACAACAGAACGUGUCUCUAUCUAGUAGAGAUACUAGUGUAUUUUCCACUUCUAGUGGUUGUUCUGGCGGCUCGUGUUGGCGUGGCGGGUGUCGCUCGGACCCGCGGGACCUGGACGCGCUGCUGCAGUACAUAGAGGGACCCUCGAGACACGUGGACAGAGGGAAGAAGAGGGCCAAGAAACAACGACAGAGGGGCAAGAGGAUGGAAUCUCGCCUCAUCAGUCAACUUCAACAGCUUCAAUCUGAGCUUCAAUCAGCUAGAGCUACAGUCACCGCGCUACAAAGAGCGCAUGCGGCGGCCAAUAGAGAUCUAACACACGCUAAGACAACCAUCGCAGCUAGUAAAGGAAAGAAGGGGAAGAAGCAGAAAAUGAAUCCGUCGCAGCAGGCAAAGAUGCAAGUAGUUAUGGAACAGCUGAAUGAAUACACGUCACUGGUUAAUACUACGGCUAAGGAACUACAAGUAGGAGAAAGGAGGGUAGCUGAAUUGACGCGCAGAGUUAAAGAAUGUGAGAAGGAAAUAGAAGAAGCCAGGAUACUACAGGGCAAGGAUGUGGCCGGCGAGCAGCAACAACAACAGCAGCAACAACAGUUACAUCAGCAACAGCAACAACAAUUACAACAGCAACAGCAACAGAAUAUGCAAGAAAGACAGAAGAACAACAAUCUUGAAUUUCUAGUUCCAGAAGUUAAAACUGAUAGUAAGAAAACUUGGGAACAGGCAAUCGCUCAUAUCAACCAAUUAGCGAAAGGAGCUGCUAAAGAAAAGAAGAAACAGAAGGAAAGCCAGGCUCAGAAGAAAGAAACGAAACAGAAAUCAUCGGAACCAGAAGUACAGCUGUCUAAAAAACAGAGAAAACUGUUGGCGAAACAGCAGGCUGAAGAAGAAGCAAUGAAAAAGCAACAACAAGAAGUUAAGAGCAAAAAAGAUAAAACUGAACCGCUUAAAGUAGAAAAUAAUAAAAAGAAAGAUAAAGAAAAAGAUAAAAAAGAUAAGAAAGAAGAUAAGAAGGAAAAGAAAGAAGAUAAGAAAGGAAAGGAAAAUAAACAGGAAAAAAUUGUACCAGUUAAAAGUAAACCUCAAACUAAGAAAGACAAGAAGGGUCAGUCAGUAAAUCAAAGUGGUCAUACAAGCAGUCAGGGUCAAGUCAUCAACAUAACACCCGAUACAACAAUAGAGGUUGUUAGCAAAAAGGUUUGUGUUAUAGAAAAGCCGGUGAACAGUAACGAGGCCGAAAAGCCGUCUUCUUGCAGCAUUAUGGAACAAUUGAGUAGCGGAGUGCAGGUUGCCGAUCUCAAAUUACCCCCGGGUAUAACACUGACAAGGGUGCAACCCGGAGAGAAAAAGGAUCCACCGAUUAUAAAGACACUUGCGCCGCCGAGACGUCCGAUAGUUGCUCCUACCGCCAUUGAACCACCCAAGAUAAUUAUACCGGAACCAACGACUAAAACAAAGAAAGGCAAAAAGAAGAAGAAAUGUGAUGAAGUUAAACCGGAAGCGAAGAUGGUUACUCUCAGAAAUCCAAUGUUUCAUCCAAACCUACCGCCUGUACAAAUACAACAGCAGAAAAAUGAAAUUAGAUUACCUGAACCCAUUCCAAUGCCGCCAACGCCAUGCCAAGCUACAAUCACACCUACAUCAAACGGAAUGUACACUAUAAGAAAUCCGCUAAUGUCAAUGAUGCAUCAACAAAACCUAAUUCGAGGACAAAAUCCACAAACAUACCACUAUAAUUACAUAAAUAAUUAUGAACAGAAACAGGAAACUGAACAUAAUUUUCAGAAUAGAAUCAUGAAUCUGGCGUCCUUCACGCAAAAGAAUGACGAAGGAUACUCGUUGUUCAAAACUAAUAAUAAUCAAGAAAAGAGUUUCCUAAAUCCAGAAUAUUUUGAAACUCCGAAAGUUUCGCCGAAUCCAAUCGGCACUAGGCCGGGUUAUGAAGAUUCUUUGUUCACAACAACUAUUCCGGAACCAAUCGGUCCGCCGAUUAGGAAAGAGGAGUAUAGAGGUUAUACGCCAUUCGGUCAAGAAGAUAGGAACGUAUUUAGAAACGCCCUAUUUAAUGAUAAAGCCGAUAAGACCGAUAAAACCGAUUAUAUGAACGGCGAACUGCCAUACUUUCAGCGACUUAGAGCUGGCUCGAAAUUAAACAACGAAGUCACUAUACAUUAUGUGACCGAUUCUAAAUUAUAUAAAGGACAGGAACACAAAGAACCAGAUUCAUCACUUUUCUCCCCGUGGCCAAAUAACUGCCAACCAACAAUGAACGAGACUUUAGAAGAGGCGCCACACACACACAGACCCGAGUCCAGCGUCUUUCUCCCGGAUCGUUCUAUAACAAACCUAUCAAGUUUAGACGCUUCGGAAAGGGACAUUGAAUCCUUCAAGAGAUUCGAUUUCUUCUUCGACCCGCCGCAAUACAAGCCGAAGGUUCAACUAGACGUGCGCAAUAUAGCGGACACUAUGAGACACAAUAAAUAA